AUGCAGGCGUUGGCAAGAAUAGCGACGCCUCGCAAUGGAAGGCUCCUAGCAGCCGUAGCUAUUCGAUCUUCUGGGGUGUCAAGUCUCCUUGCGCAAUCCGUGUCUAAGUGUAUACGAUGGUCCUCGUCAAACUCAAGAUGGUUACAGCGACAGGGGAAGGACCAUUACCGACGACAAGCCCAAGUUCAGGCUUAUAGGGGCCGUGCUGCGUUCAAACUACUUAGUAUGGACUCAAAAUAUAAGUUGUUCAAAAGAGGACAGACAGUAAUCGACUUAGGAUAUGCACCAGGUAGCUGGUCUCAGGUCGCCGUGGAACGCACAAAGCCAAAGGGGCGUGUGAUUGGAAUCGAUAUCAUCCCAGCGCAGCCGCCUAAAUACGUGUCAACCAUACAAGGCGAUUUUCUGUCUCCAAGUAUUCAACAGCUUGUAAAGGACUAUCUCGUCGAGUAUGCACAUCAGGCGAGACCAUGCGAUCCCGACGAGGAAGACUUCGAGGAGGAAGGUGUUUUUAUAGAUAGACCGAGCUAUAUCGAUGUCGAGCGUGCCGAAUCAUUCGAAUCGGACCACGAGCUAUCCUCCGAGGAUGGCGAGAGACUUGUUGAUGUAGUUCUAAGCGACAUGUCAGAACCUUGGACACAAACCACUGGAUUUUCGAUCAACACGUUAACCCACGCGUACAGGAUGAUGAACACGAGUGGUAUGCGCUUCCGAGACCACGCAGGUAGCAUGGACCUCUGCCACGCAGCUCUACAAUUCGCAAGCGAUACGCUCAAGUCCGGCGGCCAUUUCGUAUGUAAAUUCUACCAAGGUUCUGAAGACAAGGAGCUGGAGAAGAAGCUCAGGAAAAUGUUCGACAAGGUCCAUCGCGAGAAGCCGGAUUCGUCGAGAAGUGAAUCACCUGAGAUGUAUUUUGUUGCCCUGCGCAGGAAAGGCGACGUUACGCUCUCUAGCUGCAUCCCCGAUGACCUACACGAGAUCUGUCUAGAUGAUGACAGCAAAGAAGCUCAGACCCCUUUACCGGCGGGAAGUCGGCCUGAAUGUCUCAAGAAUGCCGUCCACGAAUGCGUGUUUGUUGCCCUUGUCGCCUUUGCUGCAGCUACACCCGUCUUCCUCCAACGGUCUGUCGUCGUUGUAGCAGGUCCUAUAUCCGGAGCCCUGCAAAUGACACCUGCUCAGAUCGCGUGGGCUACGGCAAGUUCGGGUUUAACAACGGGCGCGUUCUUGCUUCCAUUCGGCUACAUUGCCGAUACUUGCCCUAUUUUACCCCGGAAGACUCUUCUAAUACUCAGCUUGGUGGUGUUUUGUCUGCUUGUUUCGUGUACAUCCUUCUCGCGAACAGGGGUUGUGCUUGAUAUCAUAUCUGGCUUGACUGGUAUCGCUUGUGCGGCAAACGUUCCUAUUGCCGUUGGCAUAUUAAGCCUUGUCUACCCAACGCCAUCUCGCCGCAAGAAUAUCGUAUUUUCCUCUUUCUUGAUGGGCACACCUGCUGCGACGAUCAUCGGUGGUCUCGGCUCCGGCGCCUUAGCUCUUGAAAUUAAUUGGAAAGCCCCGUUCAUAGCUUUGGCUGCUUUGUAUGCGGUAGUCUCGGGUCUUGCUUGCGUAUUCGUCCCGAAUGUCUCGGAACCCGAAACCGAAAAGGAAACCGAGGUUCGUAUCAUUGCUGAGCCGGAAGCUUUUCCUAUCUUGUCGAUCGAAGCCCCUAAAGAGAAGUCCAAGCUCUUACAAUUCGACUGGCUAGGGCUAUUUACUACUCUUGUCACAGGUCUUCUCCUUUUCACCAUCGCGUUGUCCAUUGGCCCGCAAGGCCCGGAGCCAUGGAAGACGCCGACAGUUAUCCUACUUCUAACUUUGGGUGUACUGUCUCUUGGAUGUUUCCUCCUUUGGGAAAAUGUUACCAAAACACCUAUGAUACCCCCGUCAAUUUGGGAAAACUUGACGGUGAUCAUCUGCACUUUGGCUGCGGCUAUGUCUUUCUACUCUCAGCUGUUUUGGGUUUCUUUAUUCAUGCAAGAUCUCGGAGGUCUAAAGCCAUUCGAGGUUGCUGUACGGUUGGUACCUCAGGCUCUUGUGGGCUUGGUACUCAGUCCUCUCGUUGGCCUGAUUAUGCAUAAAGUUCCCGGGACAGUGUUAUUGGCAAUAGCCGCCACUUCACUCGUUAUCAGCAAUGUACUUCUCAUAUUUUUACGACAGGGGAGUAAUUACUUGACCUGGAUAUUUCCGUCAGUCAUGUUAAGUACUGUUGGAAUGGAUUGGAUCAUGAAUGUUGGGUCGCUUUAUAUCUUAUCGUCUCUUCCAUUAAAACACCACUCUAUUGGUGCUUCUCUACUCCAAACGACAAGCCGCCUCGGAGUUCCUCUUGGCAUGGGAGUUACCACUGCAAUAUGGUCGUCGUAUGAUGGAGAAUGGCAGGAUGCCUACCCGGAACUGGCAUAUACCAAUACUUUCAUGGCCACCACGGCAUUUGCGGGAAUUUCUCUCGUCCUGGUACCAUUUAUCCGUAUCGGAAGGCAGGGUCAUUCAGAACACGAACCAUUAGAAGAUAAUAAUAAUAAUGAGCCAAAACCGAGUAUCUCAAUUCCUCCCCAACCACCUACUCCACCUCGAAACCCCCGAAAUGAGGGCGGAAAUCGUCCAAGCAAACGGUGGUCUCCUGUUGAUACAUUAGCUGCAUCAGUCACUAGUGAAAGGCAACAUACAACAGCUCCAUCAGUGUCGUCGCAGUCGUCACGUAAAAGCGAGGACACCUCUAAUACCAACAAAACGACCAGGACAACCAUUCGACACGGGUGUAGCCCAUCCGAAAGAGUUGUCUGGGUUGUCUGUGAGGAAUGUGGCACUACCAAGCGCCACAACCAACCACGUACCACUGUGGGCGACCCAGCUCGUUACUUCAACGAUCCUGCAUUUGGCAGCACGACUAAAGAUAUUAAUCAAACAAACCCUUACGGCGCCAAUAGUAAUAACAAUAGCCAGACUCAUCAUCAUCCUACCCAGCUUCAGCUUCCGAGGCCGUAUGGCGGACGUCGUCGUCAACCACUCAUGAACCGCCAGAUCUUAACACACCAGAUGCUGACUCAGGGCUUUCAGCCUUGA